AUGCGUGGAUUCAUUGUAUUGUGCCUUAGCGCCGUUGCCCUGGCAGCACCUCAGGGUUACAACUAUAAUCCUGGACCAUCGGGUUUUGGUGGUCUUACCACAGCCGGCGGUAGUGGAGGCAGCAGUUUCUUCCAGAGUGGCUCGCAGGUGGCACCAGCCCAGCAGGCUCAUCAUCAACAGACCUUCUUCCAGCAGCCCUCUGCCCAGAUUCAGCAUCACCAUCAGCAGCAGCAGCAGCAGCAACAACAUUCCGUGCAACAGCAGCAGGCUAUUGUCUCGAAACGCUUCUACAUCCAUUCCGCUCCUGAAGAUACUGAGGAGGAUUACAAGGAGCGUCACAUUACCGUCGGUGUGCCCAAGCGUAAUUACAAUGUCGUCUUCAUCAAGUCGCCACAGCGCAACAACAAGAAGACCCUCAAGAUUAGCCCCGCCGUCAAUGAGGACAAGACUGUGAUCUAUGUGCUGUCCAAGAAGGGCGAAAGCGAUGUCCAGGCUGAGGUUGUCGAACAGGCCAGCUCCACCAGCAAGCCCGAGGUCUUCUUCAUCAAGUACAAGACCAACGAAGAGGCUGCCCAUGCCCAGCAACAGAUCCAGGCCCAAUACGAUGCCUUGGGAGGCAGCAGCCAGCUGACCGAUGAGGGUGUUGCUCCCGUCACCUCUGUGAUUGGUGCUCUCGGCGGCGGAGAGGCCGGCCAUGCUGUGGAAUCCUCUGGCCUUGUGGGCAGCACUGGUGCUGGCCAUGUUGUUGCCACCGGAUCGGCGCAUACUGGCAAUGCAUACCUGCCACCCAAUUUCUAA